GUGUUGGCGAGACGUCUCAGUGGCGGUCUGUGCCCAGUGCUUGAUCUGAUCGUCGAAGGGUACACAUUUAAUAUUACAAAGCGGUAAGUUAAUAUUUGUAUAUUAGUUUUGUCUCAAAUUUUAUCAGGGGAGAAAUUAAGCAGAGGAAAGAUUUUCAUUAUUAUUGAUUAUUCACACACAAAAAAAAAAAACAACAACAAAUUUCUAAGUUAAAGUAAAGUAAGGUCUAAGACGACUUCAAGUCACCUAGCCUAGCCGCCCAAUAAUUAAUUACUAGCGAGAAUCCGGCAUGCGUUGCAAUGCCACUCAAAGAAAAUAAGUGCUUGUGUUUCAAUUACGUUUUUGGAGUAAUUUUUAAAUAGAAAAUAUAUUUUCUUUUCUGUCUGGUGCAUACACAAAUAAAUUAUAAUUAGGUUUUUCGAAGGUGAGCAGGCAACAGCUACAUACCCACUUGAGAAGCAUGGAUUUUCAAAAUGAAAAUGUAGUCUACACUACACACUUGUAGCGUUUGAUCCGCCUAUGCAGUAGCUCUGUUUAGAAUUAUAUUCAUAUAGCUCACAUUAAAAAUAUAUAAAAAAUUAGGCCUCUGGCCCUAACGUAAAAUUGUGAAAUGGUUGAACUAAUUCGGAAAUCAGUGUCAGUGACAGUGAAACCCACUUAUUAUGUCACACACAAACUGAAAUGUCGCUUAUAUUUGAUUCAAUUCCAUCCAGCCAUACAAAAACUCUAUUUAGAAAUUAUGUUUGUAUAGCUCAUAAGAAAAUAAUUUAGGGCCCGCUGCUCAAAAAGAAAUAUUUCAAAAUUAAUAACCUAUACAACUUACCAAAUAGGAUAAUGAAUGGUAUAAGAAUGCAAAAGGAAAUUAUAUUUAGCUCAUAAAAGAAAAUAAUAAAUUUAGGGCCCCUGGCCCAAAACGAAAUGUUGUAAAAUGUGUGUAAUAAUUCAGAAAAAUUUGCGGCGUGUGUACAACAACUCACAAAAGUUUUAGCGCAAUCGGAUGAAUGGUAUAGGAGAUCAUACGGGACAUACAUUAAUUUUUAUUUAUGCAUAGAUAUUAGUAUUAGAUAUAGUUUACCGAAUAAAAGAUUCCUUUUGCGAAACUAUUCAAAGAAGUGGUCUGUCUAUCAUCUAUCUAUCCAUCUAUCUAAGAACGAAGUGGUUAUGCGCAGCCGACUGCGUAUAACCCUGAGAGUUAUACGCAGUCGGCAAGUCACGUGAGGUCUAUAUUCUUCCUGUGUUACAGUAUCAAUCAAUAAGGGUGCUUAAUAUCGGGUGACUGUGUGGUCGAAUGGUCUAAACUGACCAAACCUCAAGUUGGUGGUCUUGAGUUCAAUUCCAGCUAUGAAUACACGUUAGUUGCUAUGCUUUUUCUCGAGAAUGAAGCAACAACUAGGCUUAUUGUUUUACUUUUUUUUUGGCUAAAAAAUGUUAAAACAUGAGAAGAUUUAUUAACUUGACGAAUGUAAUGUUAAUAAUGUUAUACUUAUAAUUAUCAAAAUAUGUUUGUGUUGUUAACUAAUUUUGUGGCAGAUAAAAUCAUGUUUCACUGGUACAGUAAUAAAAAUAAUCAUGGGUUGAGAGUAGCAGGAAAAAAAUCGCCCGAUAGGGGCCGGGGUUCUGUAGAGGGGUCAGUGUAAGUAAUACUUUCACACAGUUAUAGUUUUGCAUGGAAGCUGAAAACUGUUAUAUUUAGGUCAUCAAAAAAAUAAAAUCAUAAUUGAUAAAAUUUAAAAAAAAGAUAAAUAGAAUGUAUUUCCUGAAUUAUUCAGUAAAGCCAACCACAUAGUCAUAGCAACAUAUUAAUAUAAAAACCUAAUCAAUCAAAAUACAUAACUAGACUUAGACCAUGGAAAUGCCUUUAAAAAAAUCUAAGACUUAGGCUUAGACUCUAAGAAAUGUAGACUUUGACUUAUACUUAUAAUUAUAAUUAUAAUAUAUAAGAUACAAAUACAAGCAAUAAUACUAAUAAUAGCACUAAUACUAUUGCUAUCAUCAUUUUCAAUAUUAAUUAAAAUUAAUUCAAUUAAAAUUUUACGUUCAACACAUUCAAAGUUCUAGUUCAAAACAACCCGUCAUGCAGCUCAUUACGUAUAAUACUUUUUUUUUUAAUUGCCAAACAAGCGAUAAUAAACCUUAUUUGGCUAAAUUCCCAGCCGACUGCGUAUAACCCUGAGAGUUAAACGCAGUCGGCUAUGAAUAACUCUCAGGGUUAUACGCAGCCGACUGCGUAUAACGCUUCCCAUCUAAGAAGGGGGCAAGUGCCCUAGGGGGCACUUUUGCCUUGGGUGACCAGACAUACUAGGCCCAUACUCAUACAAUUAUUAAUAAUAAUAUAAUAGUAUUAAUAGGCAUUAGUCAAAAUACGCCACUGGGCUUGUACAUAAUAUAUUAUUUUAUUAUGUCUAUAUUGCCUAUAUAGCCUAUAUCAUAUGUCCUACCUAAUUUAUUUUCAAUGACUGAAUAUCAGAUCCAGGGGCCAGAAAAAAACAACAAAACAAACUGUCCCUUGUUUACCCAAAUCAGGUCCAACCCUCUCCAUCAUUGUCAAUAUAUCCACCACAUCUGCAGUCAAUGGGCCUAUACCACUAUAUCAUUUUAUUAAUAAAUGAGAAGGGCCUAUAAAUUUUAAAGUUUAACAAGAGCUUACUCAACUGACGCUUACACAGUUUGAUAUUAGAAGGUUUCUAAUAAUAUAUUUUAGGGUGUGUCUUCAUUUGAAGAAGGUUGCAAAGAAUAUGUGUUGUGUGUAUCGAUAGACAGUUCAGACAGGAGAAAGAAUAAGCAAUGCACCAUUAUUUACCUUGACCUAACAAUGUUGUGUUUCUCCAGCCCCCUGAAGCAGUGGUGCCAAUUUCGUGUCAUGAAGCCUCUUUGUAUCAAGGGGGCUUAUUAAGUAUAAGUGGGUGCUUUUUCUUUGAUUUUUGCCAUUUAAAAAAAUUAUUUAAAAAUGUAAAACUGUCUAUUUAUUAUAAAAAUCUCCAUAUUGUUGUACUUACAUGGUACACCCUGUUACUGAUAAUAAAACGGGACACCCCCCACCCCCUAAACUGGUUGUGCUUGGCUGGUCUUGAGGACUGCUACUCUCUCACACAAGAGUGCAUCACUAGUGUAGGCUUAGCAGUACUGCUAGACAGAUAAAUCAAAGUAAAAAUAAGUGACCACCUCAUUGAGGUUAGCACUACACUACUACACUAUGUAUGUGUGGGAAAUUGUUGAAAAGGAAACUUUUGAAGCUUUUGGAAGUAAAACAAUGGGGGAAAUAUUAAAGUUUAUAAUAUUAUAAUAUUGUACAUUCAAAAUAAGUCUUUGGGGACCCAUCCAAUUUCCACAUAUUUUUCAGGACCCAGCCAAUUGCUCCAUAUGUUGGAACCCAGCCAACAGCCCCAGAUAUUGUUCAGUACAUGGGAGUCAUUAAAACAAAGCACAUGCUUUGGUACCAAUUUAAUUUGCAUUCAGCUUCCAACAAUUUUUUAAUAUUUUCUAAUAUUUGUAAUAAAUGUCCAAUCAGCUCCAAGGUUUACUUGUGCACAAUGCACAUUAAUUUGAUGUAUUCAUCAAUAAAAUAUGCCUAAUAAUAUUAUUUUGCUCUUUUCAUUACUUGAAUUUUUCAUUUGUUAAAAUUGACAUUUCUAGUCACCUUACAAAAAAAGUUAAUUACUUUUAGAAUCCAUGUCAAAUAUUUGUGAUGUUACUUAUCAAUUUGUAAGGAAUGCACGAGGCUUCUAAAUGUUAAUUUCCAAACAUAUAAAUUGAACACUUAGACUUAGAAGUUGUCAAUUUAUGAGCAUUGGACCAAAAUAUAAAAUAUUUUGUAAAGUGUCAAAAAAAGGGAAAUAUAAUUUAAAAAAAAUAAAUUCCCUACUCCUUCGCAAAGCAUGCACAAGAAUUACAGGUUAUUAUUAUUUUACCUCUUAAAAAUUAUUUACACACAUCAAAACAUAUCAUUAGUAGACAAUUCAAGCUAUAUUCAAGCCCUGUUUCUUGUUUUUUGUGUGUUUUUUUGAAGAAGAUAAUUUUUUUUUUUGCAUCCCUAAUUUAUAGCACAUUUUACAAUUUAUUUUUUAAAUCUGUGCAUUUAGCAAUUAUUUGAUGUAUUCUAUUGUAUGUUAUGUUAUUUACAUUUGAGGCACUUGGAACACCAGUUCCACCUAAUGUUCCUCUGUGAAAUCAGACAGGAGUAAGGAGUUAAUUAGCUUUAGUUUAUCUAAGUCAGGAUGUUCUUUUCAGCAAUCCUGAAGGAUUAUAAUUAUAGCAGACAAUAUAAGAUAAGAUAAGAUUCUUUUAUUGAUCCAAAUAAAUGGAAAUGUUUUUUGAUUGCAUUGUACAUUUUCAGCUAAAAAAUAAAACAAUUUGAACACAAGACAUUUAUAAUAAGUUAUUUCAAACAGCCAUUCAGUGAGUUCUCUUAGCAAAAUCGGGGACUUAUUAGUUCUCAUUCAGAUGUGGGACUUCAGAGAAAGCAUGCCGGUAAAUUCGUACAGAUUGGGGAACAAAAGAAUUUUUAUAUCUGUCAGUCCUGGCCAUGAUGGAAAGAAUUCGCCCCGAACCGCCCGAUCCUAAGUAUCUGUGAAAAAAGGGGUUAUCCAGUACUGUUUUGUUUUCCAUGGGGUGAUAUAUCCAUUUAUCAACUGGUCAACACCACAUAUGAAUGAACUGUAUGAUUUGACAAUAAUUGGUGGCCUUUCCUGUAACUGCCUAAAUCCACCAUAAGUUUUGGUUCUGUUCACAAAAGAAAAUCCAUUUGCUUUCAUAUAUUUUGAAAUGAUUAUCUCUUGGCAGAAGAGUUAAAAUUUCAUUAUCUGUGGUUUGUUACAUAUCCCCUUGCUUUGUUUUUUUAAUUUUCUUCUGAUAAAGUCAGGCAACAAAUUCACUUUGCACAGUUUGUCCUUUUCAAUAUUAGAAACUUUGAAGAAUAAAGGCACUAGCCCCAAAUCUAUGAUGGUACAUUGUUGAAGCUGACCACUGUUUUUGUACACCGGGGAACUGUACAGUUGCCAUGUACAUUAGAGUUCCAAGAAAUUUGAACAAUUCAUAUGUUGAAAUAUCAACCAACCUCUAUUAAAGGGAAGUUUUAGAAGGUCCCAUUGGUAGACGAAUAACUGGUAUAUUUUACAAAUGUUUCAACCAAAUCCAGUGUUAAAAGUAUCUUGAAAAAUCUUUAGGAAGAAGAAUCUGGCUCACUGUAGCCCUUCACCAGUAAUGUUCAUUGUCAUAGCGAAAAUCUGCUACGCCAAUUAGCUUGUAAGAAACAUGCCUACGUUGGCGACUCUAUUAGUCAUGUCAGUUUCUCAAACUUGCAAAACAUAUCAACAUUUUUUAAUCUUUUCUUUUAAAUUAUUUUUCUUUCAAUUGUACCAUUAAAAAAAAUAUAGUCUAGAAUAGUUAAAAAAAUAAUAAUAAAGUCGAAAUUUUAUGGGUGAAAAUAACUGCAUAUAGAAAGGUUCCACUCUAUAUAUGAGGAAUGAAAAUAGUUAAUGAAAUAACUUGAAUUGAAAAUAUUUUGAAACUUGUUAAUUAAAAAUAAAUGGUUAGUUUUACUACUUUGAGCAGUUUAGCAAUGAGUCAUGGGGGGAGAGUCUUACAUUAACACAAUAUAAUGCUUUUAGAAUAGAUUUUCUGCAAGUUUUGUUAUGUCUCAGCUCUGUUAACAUAACCAUUUUCUUAUUCAUUUCCACAGGUGCAGAUUUCAGUUUGAGGUCUCUAAAUCUCAUAUUUACCACCAAUUCACAAAACAUGGAUAGUGAUAAAAGAUCCACACAUGGAGAAUUCAUUAAAGUUGAACAGUGCAUACAACCCUCAUCAGUGGAUUACCAUGACAGCAGCAACAUGUUUGAUGGUUCAAACAUUAUAUCAUCCAUGCCAUCAACACAUGAGGCUUUCAACAACUCAUACACAGACACUAUUACAAGCGUGUCUAGCACAGAUUACCUCAUUCAACCCUAUCCAGACGGAGAUGGAGUCAGUGAGAAGGUCAAGGACAUAUUUUAUAACAAAGGGUUUGUUGUUCAUAAUGGCAACCAAGGACUUCAUAAAUCAGAAGUUGAAAACUCGGAGACUGUUCUCUGUCAAGAUGCUCAUAUCAAAGGACCACCAUUUUUAAAUAAUGAAAGUUUUCAUUUGCAGAGAGAUGCCAACAUCCAAAAUUAUGAACCAGAUACAAGUAUUCAGUUGUUGGAAAAACUGUUUACCUCCUUUCCUGACCCAGUUGUUGGAUCUCAUCGUUCCCCAAAUGUAGACUAUGAAGAAGAAGCCAAAGUCCCCCUAUUGUGUGAGAGUCAACAAGGGAAAUUUGCCAAAAUUACAAAUAACUUGGUAGUGGUGGAUGAAUCUUUUCUCUUCCAAAGCCAGAUCAACUUAACAGAUCCAGAAUUGAAUAUAGAUAACAAACGGGCACCGACAAUGCAGAACCUGCAUGAGAGGUCUAGCUUCCUGGAUUUAACAGAAGUUUCAAAAGUCGGCAGGGCCUGUCAGAAAGCCCUGAUCUUCUUAAAAGAUGACUUGACUUUAGGCUCUCUUGCCUCCCUUAACAACAUGGCUGCCAAAGACCUGGAAACUUCACAAAGUCUCGAUAAAAAUCCCUACGAUCUGAAUGUUAUUCCCAGUGGAAACCAUAAACAAAAUCUUGUAGCUCUUAGUAUUAGUAUCACCCUGAUGUUCAUUGCCGUUGGAUCUGUCAGGAAUCUGCAGAGCAGUCUCAACCAGGCAGGCGGAGUUGGUAUUAUCUCCAUGGCUGUUAGUUUUGUCGGUUACAUGGUUGGUAGUGUGAUCAGCAUCACAGUGGUCCAGCGUUUCCAGCCAUGGAAAUGUGUUGUCAUCAACUUGAUUCCCAAUCUGCUGUAUGUUGCUGCCAACAUUUACCCCACCAUGUGGCUCAUGACCCCAGUCUCACUUGCGCAGGGUGUGUCCAUGGCCAUUAUUUGGAAUGCCAUGAGCACAUACAUCACAUUGUUGUCCAGGGGUGAGGCACAGAAGCAGCAAGAAAGCUUUGAGAAAGUGUCCAGCCAUUUUUUUGGUAUAUUUUGUCUCAUCUACCAGAGCUACCAUGUCAUAGGAAAUCUAAUCUCUUCUUUGGUGCUUAUUUCUGGAUCUUCAGGUGGUCCACUGAACAAUACCAAACUGGCUGCUGAAAUUUUGAACACGUCGGUCACAUUGAAUCAACAAGACGAGGUUUACCUGCCUGUGGAUUCUGUUUUACCAGCGGAUUUUGAAGCAGCAGCUGUUAUUGAGCACGGCUCACAUAAUUUUAGUUUGAUUGAACUUGGACUGUGUGGCGCCAAUUUUUGUAGUAAUUAUAAGCUGAAUGGUGCGGCCGUCUCUGUGGCGAAUGAAACCAAAUACAUUCUUUUCAGUGUGUACAUGGCUUGUAUACUUUUGUCAAUGGUAAUAGCCGGCUACUUUUUGGAACCUUUAAAUGAAAAAUAUUUCACCUCCGAUGGGAAACCAUUUGAAAAAUUGAAGCAGCAACUAAUAUCCUUGUCCAAGUUUGUGAAGGAUGUUGACUUUCUUUUGAUGCUGCCUCUCCUGAUGUACUCUCUCAUGCAGUUUGGGUUUAUCUCUGCUGAUGUCACUAUGGUAAGUCAUAGAGCUAAAGAAUCAGAGACACUGUUUUAGCUAUCUAGAAAAAAAAGUUGGCAUUGUUUUUUCAGAAACUUUGUAGCAAUCUUUUUUUUUUUAUGAUAGAAUUAACAUUUUGUUUGUAUAGAUCUGAAAAUCUGUGCAUCUUGUACCGGUACAAAUAUUUCUUAUUUUAAAAAUUCUUGUAAUCAUUUUGUGAUCACCAUUUUUUUUUUUUUUUUUAAUUUUUUUCCCUUUUUUAAUUUUUUCCCUUUUUUUUUUUUAACAGGCGUUUGUUUAAAUCUGUGCAUCUUGUACCGGUACAAAUAUUUCUUAUUUUAAAAAUUCUUGUAAUCAUUUUGUGAUCACCAUUUUUUUUUUUUUUUGUAAUUUUUUUCCCUCUUGUAAUCUUUUCCCUUUUUAUCUUCUAACAGGCGUUUGUUACUUGUCCACUGGGCAUCCACAUGGUGGGCUAUUCAAUGAUUUGCUAUGGGAUCUGUGGCAGUUUCAGCUCCUACCUCAGCGGACUCUUCAGCAAGUGCAUAUGCAGGGCCCCACUGUUCAUUUUUGGUAGGUUGAAUCAAUUUAAUUUUUCUAGUUGUCCUAAAUGAUUUUAUAUUUUUUGUAUUGAAACGGUAGAUACAUUUAUUUGCAAUUUAAUUUUUUUUUAAAAAUUUCAUGUAUCUGAUAAUUGAUAUUGAUUUUAUUGUUUUAAAUGUAUACAAGCUCUUACAAAAUUUAGUUCUAUGGUUUCCAUAAAUAUAAUUUUUUUAAACUUAAAUUUAAAACAUGUAUCCAGUCUUAUAAAAUUAAAUGCUAAUGCACAAUGUAAACAGAGUAAAAGCCAAGCAGACCCUUUAUUUAUAUGUACCUAAUUUUCUUUCUCAUUUAAAUUAGGUUUAUUUUUUCUAGCGGCCGAGCUUCUCCAGAAUUUCAGCUUGUAUGUUGCCUUGCGACAUAAUCCAUUCAUUGCGUUUUUGCUGCCCAAAACCUCCCACGUCUACUUCAAUAGCUCUUUAUCUUCGUUCUAAUUUCAGCCCUGCUCCCCCAAAAUCUGUUGAAAGCCUGAUGUGCCUUUAAGCAGAGAUUGAACUCAUUACACCACACUCAUCUCAUAUUGUGUGAUAGAGAGUCUUUUCUCAAACAGCCUUGAUUUCUUUGACACGAAGCCUUUAGCCACCAUUCUUACAGACGCAAACUAUUGAGCCGCCAGGUGCUAAAGGGAUAGUGUCACUGGCAAAGUUAAUCCACCGGGUCACGCAGACCUGGGAUGAAAGGCAUUUUUUGUUAGGAUCAAGAAAGUUACAUUAGCUAUGGUAUGUAUGACAGUUUGGGUUUCUCUGCACCUCACAGCUAAGGCAUUGUGGGUCAAAGGUAAGCUCAGCAGAGAACACCUAACUUUUCUCGCACCCUUUUUCCCCCCAUGGGUAAUCAGCAGCAAGUUAGGGCUGCAUAAACUUACUGGGCAGUUUUUCUUGACGGCUUGAUUGGAAAAAAAAAUGUCAAGCUAAACGAUAGUAGACUGUUUGGAUCUUCAUCGUCUGAGCAUAAACCAAAACUAUAAUGGAUUUUAAAAUUUGGUAUGUCUUAAAUGCAUAAUUUAUCUUAUCUCUCUGGCUACAAAUUACAUAAUGAAUGACAGAUACUCAUUUAUUUUAAACUAUUUGACACAUACCCAGCUGCCUGCACUAACUCUCAGGGCUGUUGUGUUUCUGUAAGGAAUUCUUUACGUCAUCAGUUGAAUGCAUCACCCUCAGAGGCUUUGUUAUUAUUAUUCAUGCUUGAAAUGAAAUUUGAAGAAGAAAAAAAAAAAUUAAUUUUCUAAAAAAAAUACUUGUAUUUUUAAACUCCUUAUUUUACAGGCUUGUAAUGUUUAACUUCUUAGUGCUCAAUAAGUCUGACUCACAUUUUGAAAGAAUCAAAAAUAUAUAAGAUAGACCUCUACAUAAUAUAAAAAUAUUUCUUGCAUCCAAGAGAAAUUAUUUCUAUUGUGUGAGAAAAAAGAUACUUACAGAUAAAGGCAUGAACAAAAAUGACAAAUAACAUCUUUUGACAUCUUAAAGAUAAUAUUUAUUUAAAUUUUAUCUUGAAGGUUUUAUUUUGCACUGAUUGUGCUCACUAACCAUCACAAAUAUUUAUGAGCUUUUUUUAUGAAAGAUUAUAUAUAUUGCAACGAUUAAUUUAAAAAAAAUUAUAAUCUUCCUUUAUAUAUUUUAGUGUAAAAAUUGUUGUUUUUUUUAAAAUAAAAAGCUCUUAAUUUCACAACCAAAUUUUACAAGGAAUAUUUUGUCAUUGGACUGUUCAGUGUAAAUUAAUACAUGUAUUUUAAUGUAAUCAUUUUUAAAUUUUAAUGCACUACUUUUUGCUUUGCUUAUAAGACAAUAGUUAUGUAUUGUUUGCUGUGUAAAUGUGUGGUACUAUGCUCAUAUUCAGCAACUUGAUAGAACUGUUCAAGGAUUACAGGAGAACUUUAUGAUAGGAAAUAUAUUCAGAGAGCAUGUAAUUACCGGAAUAUAAAUGUGGGCGCUUUAGAAUGCAUUGAUGUUUACUCAAGUUCCCACCACUUGCAGGGCUGAUCUAAUAUCAGCAGGAUCUUGUGCAAAAUCUCCAUAAUGAGACAUUACCCCCCCCCCCCCCCCCCCCAACACAAAUGAUGUAGGUUUAGCCUUCAUGUAUUUCUAAUACAGUUAACCAAAUGCAAGAUACCAGUAGUUGUGUACAUUUGUUGUAUUUGUACAUAUUAGUUAAUGUGAAUUAAAUUGUACACACUAAUAGUGCAUAAAAUUUGGGAACUGCCUCCAGGCCUACCAUGACCAGCAUAAAUGACCAGCAUAAAUUUCUCUUUCUAUUUUGCACUUGGACUUGUUGAAAAAUAUCUGCUCACUGUUAUGCAAGCAGCUACUAUUUUUUAAAAAGCAACACAUUUUUUUAGCCCAAAAAGGUAAGGAUUAUCAUGUGAGUAACCAAGAUAUACCAAAUAAUAAUUUCCAUUUUCCUGGUUUCAAUUGUGCCCAUGCGUCUCUGAAAACUGCCCAGUUUAAGUUAAGUUUCAAAGCCAUGUUCUGUUACGUUAUUAAUUCUUUUCUUUCUAGCUGCGAUCCUAAACUUUUGUGUCUUGAUGUUCAUGAGCCAGUGGCAGCCAUCCCUGGACUCUUUGAUCCCUUACUUCAUCAUGAUUGGAACAUGGGGGCUGGCAGACGGUAUAUGGAUCAGCCAAGUCAAUUGUAAGUAGGCUCUAGUUGGUCAUGUCAAAAGUUUUAUACGUUAGACUCUGUUGGAGGUGCACCCUAAUGGUGAUUCUUGUAAGUACAGGUAUAUAAGGAACGUUAUGCAACUGACAUUGGGGCUUAAGAAUCUUGAAAGUUUCUAUAUUUAUUUCAACCCUAUAAAUACCACUUUCUGUGGAGUCAUGUUCGACUGCUAGCAAAAUCGGCAUUAAGAAUGCUAAUGAUUUAAUCUCUAGUGGUUAAGGGGAAGUCACUUUAUAUAAUUGAAUUUGCAUCCUAUUUAUGCUUCUCUUUGUGUGUACAUGGCCUUGUCUUGCGAUUAAUUAGGUGUGAAAUUGGCUAAUUUUUUUUACUGCCAUAAUGUUUGAUGCUGGAGAGGGUACCCAGAGUUAGAUAUUGACAAGUUUAGUCUUAAGCUUAGUUGCAUUGUUAAAGAAAAAGUCCUAUGGGAAAGAGGGGAAAUGGAACAGAAAAGACAAAGAUUGGAUCCCAAAUACCUACCCUAAUGAGAUUUAAAGACAUUUAUGUAUGUGUGUAUGUUCUGGAGUAUUAAUUGAUACACAAAAAUGAUUGAAUAACAAUUGAAAAGGAAUUUUUGAACUCAUUUCAUGCCUCGCCCUUGUAUUUGUUAUGACAGAAAUUGGAAGAUUGUGAACAAAAGAAAUUCAUGAAAAUUACAAUUUUUAAUACACAUACUUCUAUCUUGACAUUUUCUGAAAGAAUAUAGCUUCUAUUAUCUCAAAAACUUUAUUUUAUAUUAGUUUGAAAAAUGUAUUCAGUGUUAGUUUGAUUUGAAAUGUGAAUGCAGAAGUUGAGUUGUAAAAUUUACUCACUCUUUAAAGGUCAAUGUCAAUAUCAACAUAUAUAAUAUAAAAACAAAUUCUUUUCAUAACAUUAAGAUCUCCUGUCCAAUGUAAUUUCAGAAAAUGUAUACUUGUAAGGGUCUCUGAAUAUUAUGAGAUUUUGUCAUUUUUGACAAGCAUAAUAUGGAAAUGCUAAAAAAGGCUUGACACCACCUAAAAAUCCUUUUAGGGUUAAAUAUUGCCUCCAAUGUGCAGACUUGACAUAUUUUCCAACUCAGUGUUACAUUAGGCUUUUAGGUUCACAUUAUUUAAGUCAAAACAUUUGCACCCAUUGAUCUAAAUGAUUCAAUUCCCAAGUGAACGUUUUUUUUUUUUACACAACUCUUCUAGAAAAUCUAUAAACAUAAAAAAAGUUUGUUAGACAGUAAAGUUAUCAGCUUUAUAACAUGUUCUCUGCCGUGGGAAAAGAAUAAUUAGUUUUAGAAAAUGGAGUAGGAGGAUUAUAAUUAUGUGUUAAUAUCAAACAAAUUGUGUAUUGAGAAUCUAAACACUUAACUGGUCAUUAACAUAGUCAAGUGUUUAUAAAGUGACAUUCCAUUCAAAUAUUAAUUAUCCUGAUUGAAGUUAUUUAUAGAUUUUUGUACUAUGACCAUGAGGAAUCUGUCAAUGCUUUAUGCUUUAUUAUAAUAAACAUUUUUUAGCAAUUCAUUAUUUAAAAUGUUUAUAUAUUGACUCAUAGUUGUACCUCCUUCUCAAAAUUUAAAAUGUUUAUAUUUUGAGGAGGUGGUACAGCUAUGAGUCAAUUAUAUAUCUGAAGGCUCAGGCUUAUACGGCAACAUAGUUACAAGUUUUGUCAGUUGGCAUGAUGUAAAUUUUCUUCAUUUGAAUGUCUCAAAAAUGAAAGAAACGGUUGUCGAUUUCUGGAAUGUGAAUCACCCAAUUGCAGAUCUCACAAUAAAAAAAUCACUGUAAAGAGCAAGUACCUUGGUGUCAUCAUUAAUAACAAGCUAAAUCUGUAUAUCAAAAAGCCUUUUCAGAGACUUUUCUAUCUUAAAAAAUUGUACAAUUUCGGCAUAAAUAAACAAGUUGUUAACUUAUUCUAUAGUGAAACAAUUGGAAUCUUACUGAACUUCAGUAUUACCUGCUGGUAUGGGAAUUCAUCGUCAGACAUCAAACACCGAUUAAAUAGACUAAUCAAGAAAGCUAGUAAUAUCAUUCAAACUAAACACCCUUCACUAUUGUAAAACUAAAACAUUUUGGACAAUACAUCCAACCCUCUUCAUCACAGAUACAUAUUAUCAGCUCAAAUUCUUUUGUUCCCUAGUCUGUACAAAUUUACCAGUGUGUACCCUCAGCGAUUUUUAAAUCUAAAUGAUCACAAAUUAAGCCAUUAUGUCACUAAGGGAGUUCAUUAAUGGCUGAUUUCUACGCUAGAGAAAUACUUAGAUGUUUAGUGUUUAAAUUGUUAUAAUUGUAAAAUGUUGUCUUGGUUAAAAUCUGUAUUAUUUAAGUGCUGAAAAUGAAUAUGUACAUUGCAAUUAAAAAACAUUUCCAUUUAUUUGGAUCAAAUUAAGAAUCUUAUCUUAUGUUCAUAUUAGUUAUGGGGUGAUUAAUGAGAACAGAAGUUGUCGAAUUUAAAAAAAAAAUGUUUCACACAGCUGACGAAGUUACUAAAUAUUGGUGUUUAGAUUUAAAAAAACAUGUUUUUCUUAGUGUUUGUGUAGAUGCCAACAAACUAUUUGCACUUUUAUUUAUUUAGCUAUUUAAAAUAGAUAACCAUUAAAAAUUUGCUCAUCUUUUAAGUAGGUCUUUGUUUUCAAAAAUGUUUGCACAUAACAAUGGAACACUAUUAAAAUUAUUUUAGUCGGAUUUGUAAAAAAUGGCAACUUUCAUUUCAGGUUUAGUGGGCAUUAUAUUCCCCGACAAGUAUGAAGAAGCAUAUGCUGGACUUCGUGUGGCUCAAGGACUUGGAGUGGCCAUCUUGUUUGGAUACUCAAACAGUUUGUGCAUGACUGUGAAAAUUUACAUUAUGCUGGCUUUUUGUAUUUUUGCCCUCACACUCUACCUCAUCAUGGAAGGUUUGCUCAAACACAGGAAUAACCAGAAAACAAUUGUAUUUGAAUUGAAACAGACAUCUGUGUGAAUCAGACAUCUGUGUGAAACAGAUGUCUGUGUGAAAUGUGAAGGCAUUAUAUCUGUUAAUAAGCAGCAGAAUAGCAAUGUCAUAAUUAUUAUUAAUGUAAACUGAUAAAAAAAGCACAAAACAUUAAUGUCAGUGAUUUUUGUUUACAUACGAAGAAAAUCCCUUAAAUGAAUCUCUUUAUUUGAUACUGAUAAAUGAAUGUACAUUUUAUUUUUGUAAAUAUUACAGCUUUUGUAUUGAAGUAUUCUACACUAAAAUAAUUGGGUUUGUAGUCUUAUUUGAUACAGUUUCAGUUCAUAAAAGGGCAUGGUAUUUUUUAACAGUGCUCAUCAAAAACAAAUUUUCCACCUAAGCUGCACCCAGUAAAUUUAAUAAAUAAAAAAUAUUAUGAUUAUUUAAUACUAUUUUUCUAGUUCACUUUAAAAAAAAAAAAUUACAUUUUUACACCAAUUGCUAUAGAUGCUUUCAGCCUAAUGGGUGAGGUGAGCCUGUCAUACUCACCAGUCGACAAAGCCAAUAAACCAAAACUUCUUUUAAAUGUUGUGGCCCGCCAGAUGUGUAGUAAAUGAAAUUCUGCAUUCCAUUUGCUCUUUUUUUGGUGACAAUACGCAACUGUACAUGGGCCCUAUUUUGAUAUGGUUUAAAAAAAUUCAAUUGAAAUUAGUGAUCUAAAAUCGUAACUAAAAAUAAAAGAUUUGAUUUGUAUAAGCACAACCAGGUCAAGGGGCACCUAUAUUUUUACUAGAAUUUCUCCUUGAGCUCUCCAAUUAUUUGUAGAAGAAUGAUGCAAAAAAUAAAGUCAGAAAUGGGACUAAGUGCAUCCCUAAAGAUUAAGUUAAUACAAAAAUUUCGAAGGAUCCGGCAAGACAUCGGUCGGUUUUCCAUAUCCCCCCUCCCCUUCCCACAACCUGGUGAAUCAAAGUGACAGUGCCAGUCAUCUUUUUAUAUCGUCUAUAUAUUUUGAGUUAUUUCUCAAUUACAAUGUGUACAAUUUAUGUGUAUGGCAAUAAAUGUGUUAUAAUUUGAAAAUUUGUGUGCAUUAUUACGUACAACAAAUAUUUUAUUUUAGUUGAUAGAUGUAUUGACAUGCAGCCUGCAAAGAGUUGACUCACCAUCUAAUGACCUGUGAAGCCUUUUAGGUUGGCCACCCCUGCUGUAGUCUUUAUGAUUGAAUCUAUACACAGUUGUUAACCCUUGCUAAAGACAAUUUCUAAUUUUGCAUUUUUUAUAUUAUGUCAUUAUCGUCAUGACAGCUAGCUUUUUUCUUUCACAAUUUAAAAAUAUUUAGCAAAACAUCUGGGCGCUCAGCUCCCCCAAAAGUUAGAAGGAACAUUGGUGCUUACUAGGUAAAAGGUCAUUUGAAGAAUUUAAAAAAUCAAAUUUAUGCAAUGAUUUUUAUGAAAUGACUGACAAAACUUUCUUCAUUUCCCAUCACUUUAUUCUAAAAGUAAAAGCUCUAUCCAUCCGAUGUAGGAGAUUUUCAUUGGGAUUUUAUGAAGGUUACGUUCAGUUUAAAAAUAUAAUACUUAUAUAAUUUGUUUACAAGUUUUAUAACUGUACCCGGUACAUUGACAAAUUUUCCCAAAAAUACAAGUCAUUUGUUAGAGUCAGUACAGAGCUGUUUAUCUCAUUUCUCAUUGAUGUUUAAAUUUCUUACUUUAAAAAAAAUUAAAUCUACAAAUAUCUUUUGUUAUUAAAUUUAGUGUAAUUAAAUGCAUGAUUUUGAUUCCUAUCAUUGAGGCUGCUGUACUCAAUUGUUGCCUCAUACAAUUGAACAAGAAACAGAAAAAAAUCUAGUCAAAUAUCUCAAUUGAUUUUCCUUUUUCAAUAAUAUUUAGCAUUCGUUGCAUCCCAUGGGGAAGCCUACAGAAAAGAUAUAAAUCUGAGGUAUUAAAAUAGAUACUUUUUGAGUAAGGUAUUAAAUUUAAACAUAUGGAAAAGCACUAUUGUAAAAAUUCAACAAAACAUUUUGUGGUCACACAAUAGUGAUAAUGAGGAUGGAAUGGUGAUCAUUUAUCGUAAGAUAUAUUUUUUUAAAAGUUUAGUUUUAGUAUUUUAAAAAUCUAAAUAUUGUAACCGAUGACUUGCAAUUUUCAGUGCCAUUGUGUUAAAAGAGUAUUAUAAAUGUAAAUUUUGAAAUGUUAUUUUCAGUUUUAUUGUUUGACCAAGUAUUAACAUGCCAUCAAGGUAUAUUUAUAAAGGC